UGGAUACGCUCAAGAAGUAGAUUCCACACACACUUAUUUGGUCUCACGUACAGUUAUCAAUUGCUCACGAAAUUUAUCAUAAAAAUCGCAGUCAACGUGUUCAUGGAGAUAAAAGGCUACAAGGUGGCGCCACUAUGCGAUACUGACGACAUGGACGGAUUAAGUCGACAAAGAUGCCCAGAGGAUCUCUUCCGAGCCAGGAGGGGAUUCGAACAAUGUAAAUUGAACUUUCUGACCACUAUGGUAGACAACUUGGAUGGACAAACCGCGGGAAGUGGAUUGUUUUAUAAACGAAUUGGCGAUCAAGCAAAGGCCACCAAAACAGAUAGAAACUUAGUUGUCAAGAAACGCCUAGAAAUGGACCGGAACUGUCACGUCACGAAGAAUAACCAAGAGAACGUAGCCUCAAUCUGACGUCCAUGACCUGACGGAGUACAUGUACAGUAAGUGUUGUGUUAUUUGAUUGCGAACGCUUGACCGAUACAUUGACCAGUGACCAACCAAACUGUCCAAUUGAUUGACCAAACUUGACCAUUGCACUGGACAUUGAUGAAUGUCAUUCCUUAUAUGACCCGACUAUACCAAAUUAAUACGUCUGGCUCUCGCCAAGUCUCGUUAAGUACAGAGCAGAACCAGCACGUGUCAGCCACACGUGCACCGGGCCGACUAAACAAGAGUUCACG